CGGACCCAUUUGUCCAUUGAUUAUUUUUUUAGCACCUAUAUGCUCUUCGCAAACUGGCUUUGAAUUAUGGGCUGAAUUUAAAGUCGUUCUCUCGGUCAUUGCUGGAAAUUUCCAAGUCUUCUCGCCAAUUCUGAAGAAGUAGUCUUGCUUCUAAGCUUAGCGCAAGUGAGAAAUGCCAGGUGCCAACAAAAUCUAUAGGCGUGUCGCUCACAUAACUUUCAUCCAUUUCGUGGUCGGCCCGUCCCCUCAUUGCUGUUCGCAAUUGCAUCCUUCGAGAAUUUUAAAAUGACGAAGUCAGUGGAGACAGUUCGAUUUCGAUCUCACUGACAUUAAACCACAUGACCAUCUUCCAUAGCCUAUGAGCUCCAUCACACACAAAGAAAUAUUUCUAACCAGUCUCGGCAAAAGAUGCUUCAACGUCCUUAUCUCCUUCUCUUAAUCACCUUCAUAUUCUGGUCAUGCUGGACUCUUAACGGCGUCGUUUCGGACCCACAGACCAAGCUUCUGCACACUGGGUGCAGUCCCUUCUACCAAUACGUCUUGUCCAACUUCUCCACGUUCAACGAAAACAUCAACACAACGUUUAGAGAAAUCAGAGAGCAGAUCGUAGCUCAGAACAAGUACUUCAUGACGGAGCAGCAAGGCAACGGAGAUAACCCAGUUUCCACUGUUUUUCAGUGCAGAAAUUACCUCUCCAUAUCCGACUGUGUCGCCUGCUUCGAUGUCGCUUCUGUACAAAUCCGUAACUGCUCCAACGGCGCACACGGCGCUCGUGUCGUCUACGACGGCUGUUUCCUCGGAUAGGAGAAACUAAUCUACCUCAUACGAGUUCAUGUUUGACUUUUUCUUGUCUGAACAGUAUAUAGCAUUAUAGCUUACGGAUGAGAUAUUUAUGGCCACAUUAUUAUCCUGUAGUAGGUGAGGUUGAGCCUUAGGACGGUUUGUUUGUGGGUCUGUAUUUGUUAAUUCUU